GGCUGGAGCGCACAGGUUCAGAGCUGAUCAGCGGCAGAAAACGGACCCGAGAAAGGAAUCAGAGCCGUGUGUCGAGUGAACACAGCCCGGGAUCUCCUGCCUGCAGGCCUGGCCAGGCCUCUCUCAGCGCUGCCCAGCCCCUGAGGAUAUUUUUAGACAUGAUAUUCGCCAUCAAGUAAAAGGCCAGCAGACUCCAGCAGCUCCAGACAGCAGAAAAUGGAGACUGGAGUGGCCGUUAUAAUGUGGAUCAUCCUGCUGCUCACCAGCACAUCUGAGCUGAAAGGUGAGUCCACUGCCUCCUCCCCAGCACUGACGCCUGGUUUGACCCUAAAUGAGGUGAUCUCCGUUGCCCUCCAUGUGACCCCAAAGAGUAACGUCAUGGAGACCCAGCCUGAUUCCACCCACGUGAGCGAGUUUCCCCCUCACAAUGAGACUUCACACGCUGCAGCCACGGCCUUCUCUCCUCCAACUGACCCCAGCACACACACUGCGGUCAUGGCAGUCAGCUCACCCUCUCCAGCCAGCACUCAAACGCCUGCACCUGGACGCAGCACAGAGACGACACAAGCUUCCUCAGAUACCAGUCCAGCUCUCACCUCACUGAGGAGCACCACCAUCACUCCAGGAUCCAUGAUGACUUUAACUGCCUCUACUGCAGCCUCUACCAGUCUUAGUGAAGAACAUCAAACGUCUCAUCAGUCCACCUUCAGCUCCUCUGAGACGAUUCAGACAGCUUCUUCAGUUCCUUCUUCCAGUCCAGCUUCCACUUGGACUGCCUUGACGGACAAAACCCAGCCCACUGGACCUGUUCCUGUGGAGAACCCGCACCAGGAUGGAGCGUCUGAACUGGAUGUUGGAGAUGAAGAUUCAGAUUCAGUCAAAGUGCCUCACGCCUCUCCGUGGGACCCCCUGUUCGCUGCUCUGGUCUCCAUCUUCAUCGUCAGCACUGCUUUGGUCUCCGUAAUGCUCUUCCUCAGGUUUCGCCAGCAAAGUGAGCAUCCAGAGUUCCAUCGGCUGCAGGACCUGCCCAUGGAUGAUCUCCUGGAGGACACUCCAUUGUCGAGAUACUCGUAUUAAGAUGGAACUCAGGGCCACCGUUUUUGUAACUGAAGACCCUCAGGCUUCUGAAACUGCUGUUGAUGGUCCUAAGAACCAAACCAGGCACUGCCCAAAAUGGCCAGAAUUGUUUGGUGGAUUUCCCGAGAGGCUUUCAAUUUAAAAAGUAGGUCCUACAUUUGUGAGCCAUAUGAUCAUGUGAUCAAAUCACAUAUAACACACAGUUUCCAGAGGUUCACUUAUGACAUUUGGUUGGGUUUAUAUACCAAAACCUCCCUUAGUAUUUACCGGCUGAGCCUUUAAGACUGAUACAUGUAAAUGACCUCAGUUUUGAUAUUAUGCCAAAAAAACUAGUACAUGACUAAUAUAAACCUAGUAAGAACUAAUAGAAAUCCAACUUACAGACUCUGAUUUCUGUACAGUGGUGGUGAUGGGAACCAGCAGUCACCAUGACUACAACACAGAUAUAGCCAUUUUAUUUACUAUCCAGAACCACCAGUGAACCUACACGAGUCUUUUGAGUUUUAUAUGAAAGGUUGAAGAUGGUAAAAUAGUAAUAAACCUGAAAAAUAUAUUUUCUUUGGGGACUAUUUUGCCUUAGAACACCCUGUAUGUAUCUCUCCACCAGAAAUUGGUUUUACAAAUACACUUUAGGCCAAAAUUUGAUCUCAAAACUAUCAUUAAACAAUGUGUCAGACAUCAGGCAGCGCAUAUGAUGCUCAAAUGGACCUGAUGCAUAUUUAACCAUCCAAAACAUUAAAAAUGUCUUUCCUUCCAUAAACAUUCUCUUUAGCUCGAUUAAAAUGAAUGUAAUUAAUAUGUAGCGUAAUCACGUUUUUCACCCAUUACAGAUGAUUUUUAAUAAUUUACUUGUUUUUAUAAAAAAAAUCAUUUUCAAAUUGUUUUUCUGUACAUCGGCAAAAACUAAACAUUCAACACUUUUGUUUUAUUAAUUCUUAUUUAGACUUUUUAAAAUUUUCGACACAUUUUCUGUCAUGUCGGCAUGUUGACUAAUACAAACAAACAUCUCUUCUGUUCCGGGUCAAACUGACCCAGUCAGUUCAAUUCACACUAAAUGACCCAUUAGAAAAGGUUUCAAUAUUUUUCCCAUAUUUUUAAAGUUUGAAACGGAUCAAUUUGACCUGCAACAUGAGAGGAGGGUUCAAAUAAAGAAGAUAUUUUAAGCCAAAAUCUUCUCAAAACUGUGGUAAAAGAAUGACUCAGGCCUGAACACUGUAUUCAUACCAAUUAUUUUUGUAAUAGCUUUCUGUGAGGGAGCUUUUAGAGAUGGACGUCUGGUUCCUAUCACCACCACUGUGAACAGUUCUGACUGUAAGUUUGUCUAGAACAGUGUUUCACACCAAACCACCCUGAAUGACUUUCAUCUCAACCAUUUAAUUAUGUAGAAUAAUAACUGGGCGUGGCUAAACUGCUGGAGGCUGAAAGGGCGAAUAUAUGUAAAUGCAUUGUUUUUGGUGAGGUCACAAAAAACAAUGAAUUCAAAAGGGGCUGUUUUUGCAGCUUAAUUUCCAUAUAUGGACUGUAUGGGUCGGAGGCCGAAUGGUACUUUAUCAGUGUUUACAACUCUUAUUUCCAAACUGUGAGGAGAAAUUAAUGGGCCCUUUAAAGUAAACAUGAAUAGCAAAUGCAUUACAUACAAAGUAGGAAGUGAAUGAACGCAGGGCCUUGUUAAGGUAAGUGGAGUCAAAGAAUGGGUGGAAUUCUUUUUCUUGCCUUCUCAGAGACAUUAAAAGAGAUCAGCCAGAGUGGUUAACUAUGAAACCACUGCCAUAUCUGGUCUUUAACAUUUUCAUUUGUAGAAAAUGCUGAAUAUGUUUUGUACAUUUUAGUGUUUAUAUUGUACAACCCAAUUUCCAAAUAAGUUGAGAUGCUGUGCAAAAUGUAAAUGAAUACAAAAUGCAAUGAUGUGCAAAUGAUUUAAACCCUAUAUUUCAUUGAAAAUAGUACAAAGCCAACAUAUCAAUUGUUGACAUUGAGACAUUUUUAUUGUUUUUUGAAAAAUAUUUGCCCAUUUUGAAUCUGAUUCCAACAACACAUUCCAAAAAAGUUGGGACAGGGGCAACAAAAGGCAGGUUAAGUUGUGUAUUGCUAAAAAAAAACACCUGGUGGUUGAUUGGCAACAGGUCAGUAAUGUGAUUGGGUAUAAAAAAGCAUCCCGGAGAGGCUGAGUCUUUCAGAAGUAAAGAUCAGGAGGGGUUCACCACUCUGUGAAAGACUGCAUGGUCAAAUAGUGCAACUUUUCAAGAAUAACGUUUAUCAACAUGAAAUAGCAAAAAACUUUUGCUUUUCAUCAUCUACAGUACAUAAUUUCAUUAAAAGAUUCAGAGAAUCUGGAGAAAUCUCUGUAUGUAAGGGACAAGGCCAAAAACCAGUAUUUGCUGGAAGAAAUGCUGCCACCUUCUCUGGGCCCGAGCUGAUUUAAAAUGGACUGAGGGGAAGUGGAAAAGUGUCCUGUGGUCCAACAAAUCAACAUUUGAAACUUUUUGGAAAUCAUGGACACUGUGUCCUCCGGGCUAAAGACCACUCAGCUUUUUAUCAGUGCACAGUUCAAAAGUCAGUAUUCAUGAUGGUAUGGGGGCCUUAGUGCACAUGGUAUGGGUGACGUGCACAUCUGUGAAGGCACCAUUAAUGCUGAACGAUAUAUACAUGUUUUGGCAACAUAUGCUGCCAUCCAGACAACGUCUUUUUCAGGGAAGGCCUUGAUUAUUUCAGCAAGACAAUGACAAACCACAUUCUGUAUGUAUUACAACAGCAUGGCUCCAUAUUAAAAGAGUCCAGGUGCUAAACUGACCUGCCUGCAGUCCAGACCUGUCACCACUGAAAACAUUUGGCGAUUGAUGAAAUGAAAAAUACAACAAAGGAGACCCCGAACUGUUGAGCAGUUGAAAUCCUAUAACAAACAACAACGGGAAAACAUUUCACUUUCUAAACUACAGCAGUGUCUCCUCAGUUCCCAAACACUUACAGAGUGUUGUUAAAGAAGAGGUGAUGAAACACAGUGGUAAACAGGCCCCCAUCCCAACUUUUUUGGAACGUGUUGUUGGCAUCAAAUUCAAAAUGGGCAGAUAUUUUUCAAAAAACAAUAAAAUCUCUCAGUUUCAACAUUUGAUUUGUUGUUUUUGUCCUAUUUUCAAUGAAAUAUAGGGUUUGAAUCAUUUGCACAUUAUUGCAUUUUGUUUUUAUUUACUUUUUGCACAGCGUCCCAACUUUUUUUGGAAAUGGGGUUGUAGUAAUGGAGAACUGCUUGAAUUACAUUCUUCUAGAGCGUCUGAAGGAUUUAUGUGUAUUUUCUAGUAGGUAUUUCAAUACAGUUGCUUUUUCUAAGAAAUGUAAUAGUAUUUAGGCCUAUCAUUAGGUUGUGACAGGACUUUAGUGCAGGAGGUCCAUUAGAGCAGACUUACGUUUUAAAGUGUGUGACUGUUUAUUUUGGAAUCAGUGUUUAAGGUAAAAAAAACUGACUUUAAAGUAAGAAUUUGUAUUUGAAAUGUAAUGCACUGUAUUUAAUUCUUUAGGAUCUGUGGUAAACAUAGUGCCUACUGUACUACUGUGCCAAAUCUGUUCUACUGUAAAAAUCUUAUACUGUGUUAUAUCACUACUGAUGUGUGAGUGUGAACUGUAAAGCAGCCGUUUGUAAUAAAACAAAUUCCUUGUGCAAUAAAGUUUUUAG